AUGGUAUUUGAGAGAAAUCUUAACAAGUUGUUAAUAUUUAACUCUGCGGAUGUCAAUGCAGUUGCUAAUGGUGGAACUCAACCUAUCCAUAUUGCUUGUUUGCUAGGACAUGUAUAUAUAGUAAUCUAUUUGAUAAUAUCUGGUGUAAAUAUCAAUGCUGAGAUCACUCAUGCUAUGUUCUCGAAAUAUGUGAUCGACAAAAAGUGGUGCAGUGAUUUUGGUGAUAAAAUGACUAUGUUAACUUAUGCUAUUGCUAUUCAACAGAAAAGCAGUUUACUAGCUAAAAGCUUGAUGCAAUUUGAACAAGCCAAGUUCGAAAUGGAGAUUCAUGACAAUGUAAAAGGCAAAUUUGUGGCAAUUUUAAUUAAAGCUGGUGCUGAUAUUUAUGCAACAGUUAAUGGAGAUCCAGACAUGCUGUUAAUCAACAUGGCAGCUUACAGAGGUUCUUCCACAAUGCUUAAAAAAUUAUUGCCUUAUAGCACAUCUAUAAACGAAUCUAAAGCUCUGUAUUAUGGUACGCUUCCGUCUGGAAAUCCUAAUGAAUACUUUUAUCCAUUUCAAGAGUUUGAUAAUCUAGAAAGGAAUAGACACAUUGGAAAAUGUGAAUUAGAAAGACGAAGAAUAAAACGUCAAAUUUUUAUUUUGAAAGACUUGAUAAAUAGACUUACGUUUGAUUUACGGGUACCUGAAGAGGAAAAAAAUUGA